GCAAGGUACGUAGUAUUAGCGCUGAUAUUUUGUGUUUUAAUUAUCUUAUUUUAGUUAUGUGUUUGUCUAAGCAAUCUGAAAAGAUGAAAAUACUCAUAAUCGGGGAUUCUAUGAUUAAAUAUUUACAAGAAUAUUUGUCUGCGAAUUUACCUGAUUACGAAGUUGAUUUUCGUUGCUUUCCAGGAGCUAGGAUUGAAAGGUUGACACGUGAGAUUGCCUUUAUGAACAACCAUUUUCAUUUAGUUUUGGUCCACGUUGGUACCAAUAAUUCAAAUGACGAUUUAGAUGAAAUUCAUCGUAAAUAUGGUUGUCUAUAUAAGGGAAUUGAACGAUUAAACCCGAAGGUCAUUCUGUUUUCAGGUGUUCUCCCACGAUGCCCGGAUUUAUAUCGAGAUUGUAACACGUAUCACCUACAAGAACUUAAUAGGAAGAUACUAAACAUAAAUUCAAGAUUUCUCGCAACAUACGAAGGUAAAGAUGGGUUUUUCUUUUGCAGCUCUUUUGACUAUUCUUGGAGUACUUGUUUAUCCAGAGACGGUUUACACCUAAAUCGGAGAGGUAAUCAGCAGCUGGGGAAAAUUUUUGUAAAAGAUAUCAGGAUAAGUUUGACUGUUGCAGAGUUGCAUGGUAGCUGAAUGAUCUCUUAUAUGGAUGGAUGCCAUGCCAGUAUAAGAAGAGAUUAAGUCCCAAUGGCAAUUGUUUUUGUGAUUGACUGUGCAAUAUAUUUGUAAAGCUUUCAGAAAAUAAUUGCUUUUAGGACAUAUAAAAAUAUGUUCCCCAUAUAGAAUUUAAAGAACAUCUGGUAAAGUUACA